CUGGCUUCCAUAUGUGCGCUCUCCUGGUGUCUACCAACUGUAGGGCAUCUAGUUUCUUAGGGAUUUUGGGGAAAGCCUGGGAAGAGUGCAAGGAGGAGCUUCGGUCCAAAAGAGGGUUUGCUACCAGGUUAAAAUCACCACCCACCAAUAGAUGGGGGGACAAGAACCUAUCCAGAACAUCAAAAAAAUUUAGAAAAAAAGAAAGCUUGUGCCGAAUUCGGUGCAUAGAUUUUUGCAAUAGUAAGUUCUCGACCUGAAAGGUACCUUUUAAGAAUGAUAAACCUACUGUCCGGAUCAAGGUACACAUGUUGAACCUCAAAGGGGAAUUAAUUAUGUAAAAAAAUGGCCACUCCUCUACUCUUGGAGGAAUGUAAAGUAUAAUACCCCUGCCUAUAGGAUUUAUGAAAAUACGUCGGGUGUUUUGCGGCUGCAAAAUGUGUUUCCUGUAACAAAACAAUUUUAGCCCCUAAUCGCUUUUAUUGAAGAAAGGCUGUUUUGCGCUUAUUUGGUGAAUUGAAACCCUGACAUUAUGCGAAAUACAUUGAUUUACCAU